GAUUGCUCGAUGAGCUGAUGAGAAACAACUCAUAAAAAAGAUGACGAAAUUCGACGAUGUUCUAGAACAGGUUGGAGCUUUUGGAAGGUACCAAGCAUGCCUGCUUGUGAUGUUCAUAGGCGUGGUGCUGCCAACGUCGUACAACACUUUUCUCCCACUCUUCGUGCUCACCGCUCCCAAACACAGGUGCGCCCUGGACGGUUACCCGAACGACACCUAUGCUGUACAAAGCGACUUUCACGCCCAGCACAUCAAUCAGAGCAUUCCAUUGGAGGAGGACGGUCAGGAGAUGGUGACGUCAUCGUGCUUCAUCUACAGAGCUGAGCUCUCUCUGAGCUUGAACACAACGUAUCUGGGGAGUCAUGGGAAGGAGAAAGUCAAGUGUGACCGCUGGGUGUAUGACAAGUCACAGUUUCAAAGAUCCAUCAUUGAAGAGCUCGACCUGGUGUGUGACAAAAAGGAGUAUCGAACUCACGCCAACAUGGCUAUGAUGCUGGGGAAGUUAGCGUCUGCCAUUCUGCAGGGCAUUCUCAGUGACACGUAUGGGAGGCGGUUCACGCUGCUUUUGUUCCUAGUCGUUGUCGUGGCGAGCACGUUCGCGAACGCUUUCAUCAGUGACGUCACCACACUUAUCGGUUUUCGCUUUUUCUCUGGCCUCUCCACCACCAGCUGCUACAUGAACGUUUAUAUCAUUGUGUUAGAGUUCCUGGGCCCCAGAUACCGUCAAAGAUUUAACAUCACGGCAGCGGUACUCUGGAUCAGCGGGGGCUAUGUGCUCACAGUGAUUGCCUACUUCAUCCGGGACUUUCAGACCUUGACCUUGAUCCUAGCGGGGCCAACCGUUUUGCUGCUGUCCUAUUUUUUCCUUGUCCCAGAAUCUCCGAGAUGGCUUGUCUCUAGAGGGCGCUAUGAAGAGGCCAGGGUCAUCUUACAAAAGGUCGCCAAAAUGAACCGAAAGACAUUCCCGACGGUGCUUUACGAGAAGAUGGUAGAAGAGGAGAAAAUGAGGACUCAAGAGAUCGAAGAAAGAAAGAAAGACGAAUCUCGAGUAGUUGUAGAAUUUGGGAAUGAGCAACAAACGUCUGAGUCGAUCGAGCCCAGUCGUCCCAACUCAGCCUCGAGGCAGGAGAACUUGUUCUCGCUCUUUCGCCACAAAAGUCUGGUCAUCCGAUACCUCAUUGUCCUAUGGAAUUGGUGUGCUAACAGUAUGACGUACUAUGGAAUCCUUUUCAACACACAAAACCUGAGUGGUUCCAUUUACGUAAAUUUCAGCUUGACGAACGCUGUGGAUGUUGUGGGGAACCUGGGUUCUUACUACUUCGUGGACAAAGCAGGCAGGAAAAAGACAUACAUCUUUUUCUACUUUGUCGCUUCCUUUGCCUGUCUUUCGGCCAUCUUUCCCUCUGUGUACGGAACGAAGGAAGGUGACGCUGAAGUUCGUUUUUAGAAUCUGUGCUUACUGAAAUAUUACCAUUUAGCUCGAUGACCCGACGAGAGAACCAACAUAUCAACCUUCACCCUCACCCCCCUCAACCAACCUCCGUACACAGAGCCAUGUGGGAUGGUAGGCAGGGGAUGGUAGGCAGCUACAGCGAAGUCCAUGGGCAAGCGUAGUUCGUUUUUCGGAUAGUAAGCUUGGACUAUUUUUAAUGGGCUCAGUUGGUUGAAAACGAGGUUUGGUAGGAGGUUUAAGAGUCACUGAACCAUAUGAUAAACAUGGCAGGUUCGUUUUGAAACAGUCAGAUCUUGUAUAGUGUAAUCAGCUCAAUGAAGCAGUGCAAUUAACGAAACAGAAAACAAAAUAUGACAUGUUUUUUUAUAUAACCAUAAAAAAAGUAUGGGGUUAAACUCAGUAACAGACUAAAUGAAAUAAUUUUCACUGCUUAUGUCCCUUUGAAAUGUACAGCACCCACCUGUGAGGACCCCGGUUCUUUGCACUGGCACACCUGUUCUCCGGUUUUAAUAAUCCGGAUACCUCAUUAACUCCGUUGGGAACAUGUGGAUUCUGGUGGAGGUCAUGGUUUGCCUUUCAUUUCUUUUGUUCGGAUGCUCUAAAAAAAACUAUACUAUCCUGAUCGUUCCACGUCACUCGUCUGUUUAGGCUUUCCAAGCAAGUUGCUCCUGCCUCCCUUGCCUUCAUUUUCACCAGUAAGAGCUAAGUGUUCAAGGUCCAUGUAAAAUAUCUAUUCAAAUGUCCCAGAAGCUGCAUUUCUCACUUCCUAAUCAGGCAUACCUUUCAGUAUGAAUAUAUGUUUUCCUUUAAUUAAAUGUGCUUAAUGUAAGAAGCUUUGUAGAUUUUCUUGCCUGGUAUUAUGAUGGGCUGUCAUGCGAAUGAAUCUGGUUUUAGUCCUUACCAGGGAAAUUCUUUAGAAGUAUGAGGAGAUUUCAACGUUCUCUUCCUUUUUAGCUCAGUCCAGUAGUAGACUCAUCUCAAACUCGGAGGUUCUGCCUCUAGAAAGGAUUGAAACUUACAAUGUUGAAAGGGGUAUUGCUAAACUCAUACGUGUCAUUGUUUGAAAAAAAAACAACCUUCCGAAAUGAAGAAUGAGAUCAUGUUUUCCUGUUUUUCUGAUACGAUUCCCGCAUAUAAUAGCUGGACAGGUAUUCCUGUUUUUUUAUGUCCAUUAGCAUCUGCGACAGAUUCAACUGGUUUCCAAAAUUCCAAGUGUCAAUGUGUACCAUUCCAAAUGAGACACAACUCCUGGAAAACAACAUAGCAAGUAAAACACUGACAAAAAAACUCGACAGGGAUAUCCAUCCAAAUCAUUACAAUAUAAACUUUAUUUCCGCGACAUACACGUCAUAAAUUCAUUAAAAGCUUUGCAAUACAGAUCAAAUGCCACCAGGCUAAAAUAUUUUUACCAGUUCUAAAAGUAAGGCACACUAUGAGUUAAAGCCGUUAAUCGUAUAAAUGAUAUUUUUUGUACAUAGACAUCCUCAAGCUGUAGAUGAGUAGACAAGGCAGUACUGUAUAAUAGUACACCAUUUUGGAAAUGGACAUACAAAUUGUCACAGCAUAAUCGAAAAACCUGUACAGUUGUAUGUAAAAUCAUUUUAGAAAAAAUGUUAUAAGAUGAAAGUGGGCACAAUGGAAACAUAUGGCAGCAAUAAACAUUCUUCUCAAAA